UUCGCAGAAAUUUUUUGAAAUUCUUUUGUCCGCGCACACGCAGACAGUCACUCUGCGCAAUUUUUUUCUUUCAGGAUAGUGAGAUUUGUUGUACUGGCGGAUGGAUUUGUUGUACUGGCGGAUGGAUUUGUUGUGACACUACGCCUCCUGGUGGAAGAUGACGACGGUGGAGAAGCUGUUGGUGCAGAUCUUCGAGCGGAAGAAUUCGAUAAUCGAACAGGUGAGACAGCAGACGGAAUUGUACGGCCACCACUGCGCUUCAAAACUUCUCAUCGAUGGAAUUACGCCUCCUCCAUGGCUCUGGGAUGCCGAAUCCCCAUCGAAUUCGAAAGAGCUGAACAAGGAAGAGCUGAUCUCUAAACUUCUAAAUCCACGUCAACGGCCACAGCCACAGCCACAGCCACAUUCUUCAGCUCGAUGCUCUCUCGUAAACUACUACCCCUUUAGAAAUAGCUUAGUAACUAUAGGAGAUUAUGAAGCAUUUUCCGAACAAGUUCCCAUGGAAAGCAUGGCUUUCAAUAAGGAAUACAAUAGGAAAGAUGGCACAAUGGUACCAGAAUGCAGUGGAGAAGACCAUGCUGGAUGUGCCAUUGACAGUGUUCCCGAGCCAGAUACCAGUGUUACCUCGCCUGAGGUCAAGAUAAAUAAAAGGCCUAAUGAAGCUGAGCAAUCCCUAUCUAGAAUCCAGAGAUCCAGAUGCAGGCAGAAAGCACUUCAGCUUCGCAAUAGCGCAAAGUCAAAAGCUAAAAGUUGUUCAAGCAGUGAAAAUAUUGGCCAAUCUUUGUCUAACCAGAUCAAUUUUUCUCUCUCUACUAACCUGAGGGCCCAGAAAGAUGAGGUGGCAAAAUUGGCAGAAACCCAUGCUGUUGCUAGUCAAAGUUGCAAGAGCUUAGAGAUGACAAAAGGAAUUGAAACAACCUUGUCUCCUCACCAGCCAGAGAAAUUAGGUGCUGCCAAAGUGGAUUCUGGGGUUGAAAGUUUACGCCUAGACAAUGCUGAUCAAUCAGUAAUUGGGGUCAGUUCAUCUGAUGUUCGUAGUGUGGUUAGUGAAGCCCGAGAACCAAUAUCUGAAGAUGUCGAGAGUCAUGGGGGAAGGCCUACAAUUCCAUUUUCGAGUUCUAGCCAACUCAAUUGUGUGGAGGAUGCUUCCCAUUCCUAUAAUUAUUCAAAUGAGCCACUUGGGUUAUUUAAACCUUCUAUUGGGUUUUCUCACAGAAUGACAAGGUCACAAACUCACUCAAGUGGCCAAGAAAAACCAGAGCCCUCAGAUUAUAAUGACAGUCAUUGUUCAGGGAGGCUAAUGUCCAAAUCAAAUCGUAAACGUAAGUCUGCAGAUGAUGGGCUGCAAAUUGUACAAGGUUUCCCACUUUGUGAAACCCAUGAUACGCUUGAUAAGAAUGAAAUGGCUCGCAUUUCAAUUCCCAGUAAUGUUAACGAGAGAAAUCAGUUGGAGUCUGACACUGUUUUGGCUCCCUUAGGUUCUUUUGAGGCUUUGGACUCACUGUUGUUGAAGGUUAUUGAAAAUGAAAACCCCAACUUGGAAGCCUCAGCUUCUAGUUCUCGAAAGAGAAGGCUUGGUACUCAGGCUGAUAAAUCUGGUAGUUCUGCUGCUGUAAGUGACUAUACUGCAGUGAGAACUUCUGAAGAUAAUCUAGAAUCUGAUACAAGUUAUUUAAGUUCUGAAGCUCAUCAGGAAGCAUAUAUUAUGCCAUCACCACUGGUUGACAUUCCAACCUCACAAUUGGACCAUGAGCUUGAGUCCUUUCAUCAACAGCAGAAGGAAGAAGGAAAUCCAGCUGGUGAGGGAAUGGAUAAUGGUCGGUUGCUGUCAUAUACUCCAGAAAGUGAGAAAUUGGGCUCUUCAGUUCACCAAAAUUGUCCAACAGAGCCAAGAGUAGACUCCUGUAGCAAACAAAUUGGAAAACUGGGGGAUGGAGUAUGUGAAAAACAUGUUGGAUAUAUACCUGGUAGGGAAUCAUGGCCACAGUUAAAGAGAAGGAAGAAUGAUCACCUAAAAGCUCAAAGCUCUACUGCUUCCCAAAGCCCUGUAGCAAGAAUGGGUGUGAGCAUCCUAAGAAGUCCCUCUAGCAGAGGCCUAGAGAACCUGAAAAUGAAUUUUGAUACCCUCCAAAAUAUGGACUGCACUUUGACAAAAGGAAUUGAAACAACGUUGUCUUCUCACCAGCCAGAGUCAGCGGUGGAACUUAUCCCGAGCUUGACCAAGGAGGAGGCUAGAAAUUCUCAUGGAUGUUUUGUUGAGAGUACAAGUACUCUACAUUCGAGUAGCAAUGAUGGAGGAGAGACUGGUGGUGGACAAUAUAGCCACGAAGAAAGGAAUUCCAACCAUCCAAGCUCCAAAACUUUGACUCUUGCCAGUUCAAUGGUUGAUGAGUUGCAAUCUCAAAAGUGGGAUAGUGACCCACAGGCACAGUCUUCUAUUCUUUCUCAAAGUUUUGAUGACCUGAAUCUUCUGGAUCAAUCCAUGGCUGUGUUUGAGAGAUUCACUGCAGAUGCUGAGGCAGAUAAUGAACUGAAGUUUGAAGCAAAUGGUGUUAACUUUGGCCAAAUAGAACUUCCAAGGAAUGCUAUAGAACGCGCUAGCAUUCUCGCCGAAAUGUGCAAAUCUGCUAGCUUGAAUACACCUAUGUCGCAUUUCUCAUCAAGUUUUGAACUUCAGGGAGCACAAAGUUUAUUUCAAUCUGUAUCUGAUGACCAGUACAAGCACUUGAACAUGCAGAGUACUUCUCCUUUGAGUUUUGAUAUUGAGAAUCAACUCCAAUCUGGUAGUGUCCUGGCCGAUGAUUACAACGAUCCCUUAAGUGAAAUUCCUUACUGUGAUCUCCGAGGCUAUUCUGGUGUGCAUUAUGAUUGGAAAUCAAAAAACCUUCAUGGUUCUCCAGUUGGUAAGCCAUGGGGAGAUCUUGAACCCUCAUCACAUGGUGGGAGUUUAGGAAAGAGUUCAUGUUCAAAUCCUGAACUUGUAUGCUUCACAAUUGAGGAAGAUCCUUGUACUGGUGAAGAGAAUAAAUGUGCAGAUGAGCAUGCAGAUGAUGUACAAGAAAAAAGUGAUCCAUCAUCAGCUAGCUGCUAUGAUAGAAGGCAACCCCUUAAGGAUUUGACGAAUUUGAAUUUAAAUCCUGAUUUAUUGGUUACUGCACAAGAUGACAUAUUGAGGACGAAAGAUGGAGAUAUUGCAAGCAACAAGUUGAGUGCCACUGGGGCACAAGAGGAGGUUCAGCUGUCAACAAACAAUCAUUCCAGGGAUGGGUCUCAAACCAUGGAAAAGAAGAUGCCAUAUGUUGGGUCUACUAAUAAUGGAAGGAUUAGCCAUACCUCUUCAAAUGGUGCAAAUUCAAUUCGAAAGACCAAAGAAUCGAUUAGCAACAGCACCAGAAAACCAACUCUGUUGAAUAAGGCCAGUUUAAAAGGCCUGGAUCAGAAGAAUUCAUUGAAAGAGUCCAAGAGGAAUAACAUUGUUUCGAAUGUUGAUUCUUUCAUCCCACUUGUACAACAGAAAAAAGCAGCUGUCACUUGCACAGGAAAGCGAGAUGUUAAGGUGAAGGCCCUUGAGGCUGCUGAAGCUGCUAAACGUUUAGCAGAGAAAAGAGAGAAUGAACGUAAGAUGAAGAAGGAAGCAUUGAAGAUUGAACGGGCAAAGAUGGAGGAAAGGAAUUUGAGAAACAUGGAAUUGGAGAAGAAAAAGAAAGAGGAGGAACGGAAGAAAAGAGAUGCUGAUAAUAUGGCUAAGAAAAGACACAGAGAAGAAGAAGCAAAAAAGGAAAAGGAGAAGAAAAGGAUUAAACUUGAAACAAGACAGCGCCAAAGAGAACAAGGAGGGAAAGAAAAACUGCAGUCCAAAGAUGAUCUGAGGAACACAAAGAAGGAACUUCUCAACGAGUCCAAAAAACCAACUAAUGUGGAAACCAGUAAAGGAGAUGCCACAGCUUUUGAAAAGACACAAACUAAAUGGACAAGUGAUGAGCUGAACUAUGAAGACUGUGGUACCUCUAGUCAAUCAUGUGAACCUGAAAAGGCAAAGCACACAGUGGAUAUGACACCUACAAGGAAGGACUUAAUAAUUCAGGAUUGUCAAGAGCAAUCGUAUGAGAUCUCUCCAUAUCAGUGCUCCGAUGACGAAGAUGAAGACGAAGAAGAAGAAGAAGAUAAGCUGCGAGCUGCGAAAUUUAUUCCUUCAUGGGCAAGCACCAAGUCUGUGGCUCUGCUGUUAGCACAGCAGAAAGAUGUGGACCCUGAUUUGGUUUUCCUUCCUGAAAGUUUCUGCAGUAUUGAUGAAGUUCUGCUUCCUCGCAAGCAACAGGAGAAAGAGAUGGCUACACGAGUAUAGCUCCUACCUGUUGCAAUUGUCGACUCUGGAUAUGGCCCUGAUUUGCUCAGUUGAUCUUUCCUUGCAGAAGGAUGAUAACUCAGCCAAUAUUCAGAGUUCUGUUUGUACAUACUUGAGUGAUGUUUUGUUGGGCCGAGUAAAUCCCAUAUUCCUCCCAAUGCUCUAUGCUGCUAUCUAUCGCCCGCCUAGCUGUCAGCCCAAUCAUAGCCACAUUCUUCAGGUGCUUUGCUUCUGGAAAUUAUAGUACUGUGUUCCGACACUUUCUAUGGUUUUUAAGUUCUUCCUCACCUCCAAGAACACACUAUUGGAGUCUGUUGUACUGUCGUAGCCAUGCAUAUGAGCAUAUCUAUAAUGAGUUUUCACUGCUUGCCUUUUUCUUUUUUGUUGAUCUGAAUAAUAAUUCAUUACCUUUUGAUUUGAAUUAUUAUCAUUUGUGGAUUUUUUUGGGCUUCAGAAUUGUGCUUCAGCUAUUGAAAAGGAUGAAGAGUUUUUUUCUCAAUUAGGUGAUGC